AUGGGUGCUUCUCAGUCUGCAUCGUGUGAACAUCCAGUGGCCGACUUGGCUGCCACUAAAACUUGUUAUUACGAGCUCAUCGGUGUUGACCGCGACGCUAACGAGACCGAGAUCAAGAAAGCCUAUCGCAGAAGGGCUCUGGAGCUACAUCCAGACAGAAAUUUCGGAGAUGUGGCUGUAGCGACUCAGAAAUUUGCGGAGCUGCAGUCUGCAUACGAAAUACUGUCGGAUCCGCACGAAAGAUCGUGGUAUGAUUCUCAUCGAGAUGCUAUUCUCAGUGGCCAGGACACCACAGGCGACGGAGCGGAGCCAACUUCUUUCAGAAAUGUUCGCAUAACGUCGACGGAGGAAAUCAUGAGCCUCAUGCGAAAAUUUAACUCAAGUAUCCCUUUCAACGACGAUCCAAUUGGGUUUUUUAGUGUCGCUAGAGAGACAUUCGAGCAUCUUGCUUUGGAGGAAGAGGCAGCUGCAGAGCAAGAGAACGUUGACGCGGUCGACUAUCCUACUUUUGGCCAGGCAGAAGAUACAUACGAACAGGUUGUAAAGCCAUUCUACGCUGCCUGGGCAAGUUUCGUGACCCGAAAAACAUUCGCCUGGAAAGACAAAUACCGAAUAUCAGAUGCUCCAGACAGGCGAGUUCGAAGAUUGAUGGAAAAGGAGAAUAAAAAGUUACGCGAAGAUGCUGCUCGGGAGUUUAAUGACGCAGUCAGGUUUCUCGUGACAUUUGUCAGGAAAAGAGAUCCACGUUAUAUCCCGAAUACACAAACAGAGGCAGAAAGACAAGAGACAUCACGUGUAGCCGCCGCCGCGCAAGCUGCACGAUCUCGUGCCGCGAACCAAGAGCGCAUAGCAGGCUACGAGCUUCCAGACUGGGCUACGUCUCGAGAAAAUCGCUCGGAUGAGGGGGACUUUUCUGUAUCAGAGGCUGAGUCGGAAGUACAAAUAUUGGAAUGUGUGGUCUGUGACAAAAGUUUCAAGAGCGAAAAGCAACUUGAAGCUCACGAGCGCAGUAAGAAACAUACGAAGACUGUGCAGCAACUACGAUGGCAGAUGAGGAAAGAAGGUGUUGAGCUACAGCUAAAUGAAAGCCCACCGCAGGGAGAAGGAUACUAUGAGGCAGUUCCUUUACGAGACAGUAAUCACUCGCCUACUUCAGCCAAGUCGGAUGAACAAGCACCACCCUCACCAGUCUCGGGCUGCGUGGAUAUCGACAUCGAUGACAAGUCAAUCCAAUCUUCUCACCAUUCGGGUGAGGAUGACGACUACGCGCCGGUUGAGGCUAUUAUGAAUCGGGUAGUCAAUGACCAUUCCAGAGACAUCGGCGUUACUACAGAGCCAGAUGGGCGCAGCAUCGACAAUCUAUCGACGACUGCUUCCUCGAUGUCCAUUGGGGUGGAGGGUAGCCCAAGGAAAGUCGGCAAGGCGAAGGCGAAACGAGAAAGAAAAGCUGCGGCCGCGCAGACCGGUAUGAUCUCAAAUCAUCUCUGCACUGUGUGUGCCAAGAAAUUUGAUUCUCGCACGAAACUUUUCGCACAUGUUCGCACCGAAGGGCAUGCAGCCACUCCUAUUGUCGAAACGACCAAGACCGGGAAAGGGAAGAAGAAAUAG